ACCAAGUGUUUCCUAAGCAGUAUUUGAAAGAAUAAAUCUAAAACACAAAACAGAUCAUCAGAAACGAAAAAGGAAAUAAAAGAAUGGCGGAUUUGAAGGACGAACGAGGAAACCCAAUCCAUCUAACCGAUGAACACGGAAACCCGGUCCAACUGACUGAUGAGUUCGGUAACCCCAUGCACCUAACCGGCGUUGCCACCUCCACUACUCAGUAUAAGGAGAGUACUACCGGCGACAUUGCAGAGCACCCUACUAGCACUGUUGAAGGAACACAUCCCGUCGAUGCAGGAAUACAUCCGGCCGCGGCUGCUGCCACCACCGCUGCCACUGCCACAGGGGUCACUGCUGGUACCGGAGCAACCGCCACAGGGGAACAACACCGUGGCUCGCUUGAAGAGCAUCUUCGUCGGUCCGGAAGUUCAUCUAGCUCUAGCUCGGAGGAUGAUGGGCAAGGAGGGCGGCGGAAGAAGAGCAUAAAGGAGAAAAUCAAAGAAAAGUUUAGUAGCAGCAAGCACAAGGACGAACAAACGCCAAGCACAGCCACCACUACUAUCGGAUCCACAACCACCGACCAACCCCACGAGAAGAAGGGCAUUCUCGAGAAGAUCAAGGACAAACUUCCUGGCCACCACAACCACAACCACCCAUGAAUACCAAUCAUAUGAGGUCUCCGUUUCAUGAAUAAAUCGUUUGCACGAAUUUCUUUAGGGCUUAUGGUGAAUCAAUAUAUAUAUGUCGUCUAGUGAAGUUUACUAAAUUUCAGUUUCAUGUGUUUGCUUGCAGUUUGUGAAUGUGACCAUCGUGUGAUCAUGUUCUUGUUUUAUUUAUAAAGAAGGAAUUGUAUUUUGAUAAAGAAGUAAAUACACUAUGUGGAAUCAAUGUUCUUGAACUUC